GAUCAGCUUUCUCUGCUAGUUCCCACCCUCGGACUUCUUAGCCCCUGGAAUGCGAGAGAGGCUCAGGGAGUUCCCGGAGUGGGGCGUAGAGGUAUCGCCCGCAAAGGCCUGGGGGCGAGACUUCUAGUUGGAGGAGGUGCUGGAAGCUACCGGGGAGCCACUGGUGGGGACCUUCCUAGGGUCCCUUUCCCUUCGUGGGGUGCUAUGGAGUUCCCAGAACACAGCCAGCAGCUGCUGCAGAGCCUCCGAGAGCAGCGGUCGCAGGGUUUCCUUUGUGACUGCACGGUGAUGGUGGGUAGCACCCAGUUCUUGGCCCAUCGGGCUGUGCUGGCCUCCUGCAGCCCAUUUUUCCAGCUUUUCUAUAAAGAGCGGGAACUGGACAAGAGGGAUCUGGUGUGUAUCCACAACGAGAUUGUCACAGCCCCAGCCUUUGGGCUGCUUCUGGACUUUAUGUAUGCUGGCCAGCUGGUCCUGAGGGGGGAUACCCCUGUGGAGGAUGUGCUGGCAGCUGCCAGCUACUUGCACAUGAAUGAUAUUGUCAAGGUGUGUAAGCGGCGGCUGCAAGCCCGGGCCCUGGCAGAGGCGGAUAGUACCAAGAAGGAGGAAGAAACCAACUCACAGCACCCUAAUUUGGAGUUUUUGUCCAGCACUUCCCGUGGCCCCCAACCUUCGUUGGCAUCUGCAGAGACAUCAGGCCACUGGGGCAAAGGGGAAUGGAAAGGCUCAGCAGCUCCCUCACCUACUGUCUGUCCUCCAGAUGAGCCACCGAUGCCGGCUGGGGCUGAUACUACACAGCCUGGUGUGGAGGUUGACUCACUGCAUCUGCGGGCACCUCCUCCACCAGUGGCUGAUGUCUCUCUUGCCAGCCCCAGUAGCUCCACAGAGACCAACCCUGCAAACUACUUCUCUUCGGGUCUCCCAACGGUUUCAGUGGAGCCACUGGCUCCCCUUGAUGUGGUUUCUGAGAAUCUGAGGGUGGUGGAACCAAGGGGAACUGGAGGACCACUGCAAGGCUUCUAUCCCCCAGCUUCGGCUGCAGUCCCAGUCCCAGCCCCAGUUCCAUCCCAGGCUCCAGCCCCAGCAGAAGCGGAGCUGGUCCAGGUGAAAGUAGAAGCUAUUGUGAUUUCUGAUGAGGAGCCCGAUGCCUCGGAGGAACAGCCUCGGGGUCCUGAGGGACUGUUCCCACCUGGGGGAGCAAUGUAUGGUGAACAGCCCCCCCAGCCAGAGGCCUUUGAAGAGCCAAGGGCAGCAGGACUGGAGGAGGUGGGGGCCAGUGACCACUUCCUGCCGCCAGAUCCUCACCUACCCUACCAUUUGCUGCCAGGUCCAGGGCAGUAUCAUCGAGGACUGGUGACCUCACCCCUGCCUGCUCCGCCCACCCUGCACGAGCCACUCUACCUGCCUUCUGAGUAUGAAGCAGCCCCAGGAAGCUUUGGGGUUUUUACUGAGGAUGUUCCCACUUGCAAGACAUGUGGGAAGACCUUCUCAUGUUCUUACACACUACGGCGCCAUGCCACAGUGCACACGCGUGAGCGACCCUACGAGUGCCGCUACUGCCUGCGCAGCUACACGCAGUCAGGGGACCUGUACCGCCACAUCCGCAAGGCUCACAAUGAGGACCUGGCCAAACGCAGCAAACCGGAUCCAGAGGCUGGCCCCCUCCUGGGAGUGCAGCCCAUCCCUGGCUCCCCGACAGCAGAUAGACAGAACAGCAGUGCUGGAGGGCCACCCAAAAAUUUUGUACUUGGCCCCAAAAACUAACAUCUGUGAGAGCA